AUGAUUCUCAGAGUUGCUCAUUAUAGGAUAAUUGCUUCCCAAAACCGUCUGGAGGUUGUAAGUGCAAUGUUGAUAUGGGAUUUGGAGAAGAAACCAGGGAAUUCUCCAGCGAUGCCGAUUGUAAGAAAAGCAUUGAAACAUUGUUCAAAUUUCCAAAUUACUAUUUUAGGGCAAACCGCGGACAAUAAGAAACAGUUGAAUGAGGAAAUCAAGGAGAAGUUUGGAGAUUUCAAGGAAAACUGCUUCCCAAAGCCGACUGGUGGAUGCAGAUGCAACGAAAAGGACGCACAAGGAAAUGAGGUCGUUACCGCCUACAACGACGCAGCUCAGUGCAAAAUUCGUUCCAAGCGUGACGUAGGAGCUACUGUUCAACGACAACCUGCCACUAUUAACCAACCAGCACAGAAGUACCGUUCUCGCGAUCAACCGAGUCAGAAUGUUCGCGAUCCUGUUAGAGAACGUGCCCAGGCAAACUACGCAGCUGUGCUGGAUGAGUUGCACAACAAGUUCAAGGGAUUGAAGGAGGGAUGCUUCCCUCGGCCGAAGGGAUGCCUCUGCGUAAUUGGAAAAACUGCCGAAGGACGAGACAUCACUGAACGUCGUAUGAAGGACGCUGACUGCAAAUGCAAA